AUGAGCGGUGGCGACGUCGAGGACGUCACUAUGGAAGAAGAAAGCAGCAUACCGCAGGAGGUAAGAUACCCAGAGGAGGUAGCAGACAGUGUUACUCCUCCUGGAAACAUCCUCAAGUGUGUGCGAUUGAUACGAGCGGCGAGAGAGAGAGCAUUAGCAGUAAUAGCUAAUAGUAAAAUGUCCAAGCAAGUUAAAGAAGACAUAGAAAAGGAAUGGGAGCAAAUACAUGAAACAGUUGAAAUACUAGCAAGUGAUACCUUACAUCACCCAGAAAUACCAGAGGGGCUAAUGAAAGAAGUGAGGGACACGCUUACUCAACGAGGGAUAGAUUCCGUUGAGGAUUGGAAGGAGCUCAAAGAAACAAUCAAAGCUAAAUGCAGCAAAGAGACAAGUAGAGAACUGCAGGAAAUGAUACCGGGUAAGCCAAAUAAACAAGAGACUGGCAUCCAGACUAUAAGUAGCACAUGCCAAGAUGCUUUGUUCCAGGAAGGAUCCUGUCAGACUGGUCCGAGAUUUGUGCACAGCUGGAAGAAACAUGGAACGGGUCCACAACCAACGACAUCGGCACAAGAGGAUCAAGGUGCGGCUGCUAACAUACAACUAGUGAACUACUUGCGAGCCAUGACAUGCGCUGAUCCUGGAGUUUACAAAGGGUCAAAAGGCGAGAACUUUCAAGAGUUUCUAAGGAAAUUCAAACGAAAGUACGAAAACGUUAUUCACUGCGAGGAGACACUAGUUGAAAUCUUAGCAGAUGAUCACCUAGCAGGGCGAGCCAAAAAUGUUUUUUCCUCAUUACCACCAAUAGUCAGAAAAAGAUCCAUGAUAAGUAUUAUCCCUAUACGGCUGUUAGCAAGAGCACAACAGCGAGGAUACGAUGUAGACUCAUUACGGGUAGUGCCAGAGUCAGAGCUGAAACCCGUAUUCGACGCAUCAAACAACAGAAUGUACUUCAAGGGCGCAGCUUAUAUUGAAGUCGAAAUCGAAAAGGGACAACGCGAAACAAUAGCGUUCCAUCUCAGCGCUGAGAAAGACGCUGAGACAAUCAUAGGUACAAAUGCUCUAAGUAAGCUAGGGAUAGAGGUAUUUGUAAACGGUGAGAAGAGUGAAGAUAAAAAGGCAAAAAUGAAGGAAAAUAAGAAAAACAAAGUGGUUGUGACAAAAAGACUAUAUAUACCACCAAGUAACACAGCCCUGGUACAAGUGAAGUGCGAAGACGACACAAAAAGUCUCACAGAAAGAGUGAUUUGGCCCAGUGAGCGCGGGGUAGAGCCAGGAGUAUACACGGUGGAAAAUCAAAACACAACGAUUCCAGUAUUCAACAAUAGCACGGAACCACUACUGUUGAAGAAAGGACAGAAUGUUGGUCAUUGGGAAACAGACAAGUGGCAUGAGCAGUGGGAAGAUCUGAAUCCCCUUCUAGCCGACCGAGCUGACAAUGAGCUAUCAGAAACAGAGAGAUUACAAAAACUAGAGGAGCUGCUAGCAGCAAAUACGGAGUCCCAAGUGCUAGAUGAAGAAGUAAGGGACCUCAUAAGACAAUACCCAGAUACAUUUUCGAUAUCAGACCGAGAGCUAACUCAGACCGAUCUAGUGAAAAUGACAAUAGACACAGGAGAUUGCGCGCCAAUCAGAAUGAAAGCGAGACCAGUACCGCUAGGUCUAAGAUCUAAACUGAAGGAGUUACUAGCAGACUUGUUAGAAAGGAAAGUUAUAGAACACAGCAAAUCGGAGUGGGCUUUUCCCAUUGUUCUUGUAGAAAAGAAGGAUGGCUCAAUCCGA